AUGGGGUUGAAACAGCUCAUAGGUGAUCUCUGCUUUGAUCCAAAGCAUACACGAUGGAUUGCGCCUCUGCUCAACGUGGGCGACGCCCUACUUUGUGUCCUCAUUAUCUGGAAAAUUCCAUACACUGAGAUUGACUGGACGACGUACAUGCAGCAAAUCCAACUUUUCCUCAAUGGAGAGCGCGACUAUACUUUAAUUAAGGGCUCGACCGGCCCCCUCGUCUACCCCGCCGCCCAUGUCUACAGCUACACGCUCCUCUACCACAUCACCGAUGAAGGGCGCGAUAUCGCGUUUGGACAGAUCAUUUUCCUCUUUCUCUACCUCAUAACUCUUACGAUAGUGAUGGCUUGUUACAGGCGAGUGGGGGCUCCACCGUAUCUGUUCCCUUUACUUGUGCUCUCAAAACGGUUGCAUAGUGUUUACAUGCUGCGGCUGUUCAAUGAUGGUCUUGCCGCGCUUAUGAUGUGGGUUUCAAUAUGCUUUUUUAUCAAUCGCAAGUGGACUGCGGGAGUUAUUGCAUGGUCUCUUGGAUUGGGCAUCAAGAUGACCUUGAUUCUGCUCGCGCCGGCAGUUAUAGUCUUACUUGCACUGAGCUUGAGUAUUUGGCAGUGUGCCAGAUUGGCAGUUUUGGCGUUGGGUAUUCAGGUUAUGCUUGCAAUGCCCUUCCUGCCCACAAACCCUCAAGGGUAUUUCAACUGCGCUUUUGAAUUUGGAAGACAGUUCAUGUACAAGUGGACCGUGAACUGGAGGUUUAUACCGGAAGACUUAUUUCUGUCGGCCGAGUGGUGGCGGACUUUGAUAAUCUUGCAUGCGCUCAUAUUGUUUGCAUUUGGGCUCACAGGCUUCCUCAGGCCGGCCGGGACUAACUUGAUCGUUUUUAUUCGCAAGUUUUGCACAGGACAGCACCGAGGGAUACCUCUCCACCCCAACUUCAUAACAACUGUGCUGUUGACAUCCCUCGCGAUCGGCUUGUUGUGUGCUAGGUCGCUCCAUUACCAAUUUUUCGCCUAUCUUUGUUGGGCGACUCCAUAUCUCUUGUGGCGCGCUAGCUACCACCCCGCUAUUGUCUGUGCCAUCUGGUUGCUUCAAGAGAUAGCAUGGAAUACCUAUCCUAGCACCGACAUUAGCUCUGCCAUUGUCGUCCUCUCGCUUGCCGUCCAGGUAUUCGGCGUACUCGCAAAUAGGGCCGAUGCAUUCCCAACUAUAUCCCCGGCGCCCAGAACGAAAGAGCACGUUCAGUGA